AUGUCUGAAGGAAACCAGGAAAUACAAAUAAAGAACUUGAAAAAAUUGCUUGACGGUUGGCGUAUGGCAGUACUGCCUAUAAAAUCCAUAUUUCUCUGGGAACAGCAGUGGCAUCCGUGCGCUAUAGUUGCAACUGUGUCCGUUCUUUAUUUUAUUAUUUGGUUAAUGGAUCUCAAUAGCUUGGCGACGUUUGCGAUAAUUGGUCUAUUUUUCAACUUCUUAGAUUUUAUUGUACCAAUUAUCUGUAACUCAAUCUGCAAUCCUAACUCAUGGACUGGUCAGCAUGAGAAGGUGUUUGACGAAGUUUGCAGAAGCAUUGUGAGUUCUUAUAAUAAAACUCUUCAUCAGCUGUGCCAAUUUUAUUCCCUCAGGGAAAACAGCCCCUUUAUGUACUACAUUAUAUCAAUCAGCAUGUUAUGCACUCUAGCAUGGAUGGCAGCAUCAAUCAACAAUGUUUUUCUGCUUUAUAUAUUCUCAGUGGUGAUUUUGCUCUGGCCAGGUAUCCAGCACAGGGGUAUUUUCAACACCCUUCUUGGAAUGAUGCACAUGGCACCAAAAACCAUUAAAUUGCAGUAA